CGUGGCGAGAGAGCGUGUCUUUGUUGAAAUUAUUGAACGAUCGUGUUUAUUUUGAUUUCACACCGGAACUUAAAGUGUAUUUUUAAAUAAGCAUGGUUAACAAAUUGUACUUCGGCGGUGUCGAAGGGGGCGCAACACAUUCAAAUCUGGUGAUCUGCGAUGAAGCCGGCAAAGUAGUUGGUACAUCAAAAGGCCCUGGUACGAAUCACUGGCAACUCGGUAUAGAAGAAUGUGCUACAAGGAUUAUAGAGAUGGUACAUGCGGCUAAGGAAGAUGCUGGGUUUCCGUUGGACAAACCACUAGACUCCUUGGGCCUCACCCUCUCCGGGUGCGAGCAGGAAAGCAGCAACAAGGAGCUAGCAGAGCGAGUGAGACAGAAAGACCCGGCGUGUGCUAGAAGAAUCCACGUGGCUUCAGACACAGCUGGGUCAUUGUUCACUGGAGCUCCUAAUGGAGGCAUGGUGCUUAUAGCUGGCACAGGAUCAAACGCGUUGUUGUACAACGGAAAACAACAGUUUGGGUGCGGCGGUUGGGGCUAUCUUUUAGGAGAUGAAGGCGGAGCGUACUGGAUAGCCCAUCGCGCUGUAAAGACAAUAUUCGACGAAGAAGACGGCCUGCGCCCAUCGCCUCAUCCCAUACACGCCGUGUGGGAGGUUAUCAAGGAACACUUCGGGACUGAGAACAGAGUGGACCUACUACCUCAUGCUUAUAAGGAUUUUGAUAAAUCCAAAUUCGCUGGUCUAACGCUAAAGCUGUCCCAUCUUGCCCUCCGAGGUGACGCUCUUUCCCGACACCUAUUCGCGGAAGCCGGCAGCGCGCUCGCGGCACACGUGGCCGCACUUGUCCCCAAGACGAAUGCGAGGCAUGUGCGUGUGAUUUGUGUGGGGUCUGUGUGGAACAGUUGGGAGUUAUUGAAAUCUGGAGCGUUGAAGGAGCUUAAUAUUAGGAGGGUACAACCAGAGUUAGAACUGGUGAAACUCCGAGUCUCAAGCGCUUUAGGCGCCGCCUGGCUAGCAGCCAAGCAGCUCGACCACGAACUGCCCAGAGACGACGCGGCUUUCUGCGAGAUAUUCUACACGUACACGCCAGAACACCACAUGAAUGGAAACGGGAAGAUGAAUAAUGAGAACUGCGGUUCAACAGCGGGCGUUGUAGGUUAUGUGUGUUUGAAGGAGCGAAUUUCGGCAGCUACGGUAUCCAAUAACGGUCUGCAAGGAAGACGGGAAAAGUUUAACUUUAUUUCUGAUGUGGUGGCUGUUUCGGCGCCGUCCGUAGUGUAUAUAGAGAUAAAAGAUAGUCGGCGUAUGGACUUGUUUUCGGGGGAGCCAAUAACGUUGUCGAACGGGUCUGGGUUCAUAGUGAAGGAAGAUGGAUUGAUACUGACGAACGCUCAUGUGGUGGUGAAUAAGCCGAACGCUAGUGUGAGGGUGAAGUUGUCGGAUGGCUCCGUCCACAUAGGCGUAGUAGAAGACGUAGAUAUGAAGUCGGACCUAGCGACUCUCCGGAUCCCCGUGCGAGGACUGCCAAUAAUGAGACUAGGGAGCUCCGCGGACCUGAAGCCUGGCGAGUGGGUAGUGGCGAUGGGCAGUCCACUGGCACUCAGCAACACUGUGACGGCUGGCGUAGUCAGCUCUACUCAGAGAGGUAGCGAGGAACUAGGGUUACGAGGCAAAGACAUGGUGUACAUACAGACCGACGCACCCAUCACCUUUGGCAACAGUGGCGGGCCGCUGGUCAACCUGGAUGGAGAGGCGAUAGGCAUCAACAGUAUGAAAGUCACUUCGGGCAUUUCCUUCGCUAUACCUAUCGAUUAUGUCAAGGAGUUCCUACAAAAACGGAAAACGAAGUCCCCACAAGUUUCCCGACGGUACCUUGGUAUAACGAUGCUGUCACUGACUCCAAACAUACUCAUGGAACUGAGGAUGAGGAACCCAGAGAUGCCGAAAGACAUAGACCAUGGCAUCCUAGUUUGGAAAGUCAUCAUAGGAUCACCAGCUUACAAUGGCGGCCUCCAACCAGGCGAUAUAGUGACCAACAUCAACGGCAAGCCGGUGCAGACGGCGACAGAUGUGUACGCCAUCUUGGAGAGCAGCAGCGGCCUGCUCAAGGUCGACGUGGUUAGAGGGAGAGCGAGGAUGGCGCUCACUGUCACUCCCGAACAACAUUGACAGUAGCUACAGUUAUGUUAGGGUUGAGAUACAACGGAAAGUUACAGAAACUAGUAUUAUACACAGAUAGUUAUAAUUACCGAAACCAGAAUCAAUUACCGAACCCAUAUUAGAUACAGAUUGUUACCGAAACUGAACGGAAACGAGGAUUGAUUGCAGAGACCAAAUUAAAAAGGGUUAUUUAUGGUUAUUUCGGUAAAUUAUUGAAUAAAACCUCAAUUAUUAUACUAUUUUUUGCCUUAACCCUUAAAUGCAUAGUGAUGUAUAUAUGCAUCAUGCAUUUUUGACUCUAUUGACAGCACGUCAAAGUUCAAAUUUGAAUAAAUUUUUCUCAAGGUCAUGCAUUUAAGAGUUAAAAGUAAAACAAUGAAACGAAACCAAGAAAAAUGAUAAAUAUAAACAUAGUUUCACUGACAAAUUUGACUUUAAUAGCGCGUGAUUAAAUGAGAGUUUUGUAAUUUAAAGACUCAAUGGUACAUCAUGUAAUUCAAUAUCAAAAUUAAUUCCAAACAAAAAUACACUAAAACUAGCUCAAACAGACCAAUUGAAAUACAUUUUUAAUUACAUAACAUAUCUAAACUGUGUUGAAGCAGUGUAAGCGACGUUGACAGUAGCUACAGUUAUGUUAGGCUUGAGAUAAAACUGAAAGUUAAAUAGAAACUAAUAUUAAACAGGUAGUUAUAAUUACCGAAACAGAACUGAAACCAAAAUAUACUAUCGAAACGAAAAUUUUCUAUUUUCGUUUCGAUAGUAUAUUUCUGACAUUUAUUUUUGGUGGUAAUGGUAAUUUAAAACGAAAAGUUAUAGCGAAAUAAAUAAUAAUUAUAAUACCAAAACAGGAUUUAGAUACCGAAACUAGAAUAAAAUAUUGGAACUAAAAUACAAACUAUUGAUGUUGGUUUUGGUAAUUUAUUGAAACCAUGAUUAGGUAUUACUAUUAAUAUUAGACUAUAAAUAAAUAACCAAAUCCAGAUCUUAGAAGAUUAAUGAAACAACGGUUUAUAUGACAAAUUAAACUGCAAUACUUAAUAUUAAAUACGAAGUGUCCCAGGUUUCCAACGUUAUUACCUAUAGGUGCUAUAGAUUCGGAGAACGAUCAAAAUAGCACAUAACCUGCAGGGCAAUUAUGGUCGCGCGAU